AUGGCUGAGCCCAGCACCUCCAGUUCGACCGCCAGUCAGCCAGUCGCUGGACACACUCCCCCCAAAAAGAAGAUCCCAUUACAUCAGCUUUAUGCUCUUCCGGCCCCGAUCCGGACGUUUCCGCUCCCGAGCUUCUACCCGAGCAACCCGCUCUCGCUCGUCCAUGUAGUCUACGCAUGGCUCAGCCAGACGGUAUUCUCGAAACCCCCCAAUGAGCCGUCCACGACGCAUCGUGGCGCCUGGUCGCCGGAGACCAGGUCUGUUCAUAUAACGGACCCGGCAUCUAUCCGGGCUCUUUGGGAGCAGGGUUUCUUCGGCAAGGGACAUCUAAGCCGCAGCGAGCCAAACUGGCUGAAGCGCGAAAAGGACCGGCGCGGGCUCGGUGCCGGCAAGGUUGCUGAGCAACUCACCAGCAAGAGGAGAGAAGAGCGUCAGCGAGCCAAGUGGGAGCGCGCCAGGAUCGAGCAAGAGGCUAUUGAGCGCACUCGUCUCGAAGAGACCCGAGCGGGAGCCCAUGCCAAUGAUGGGAAGACCCCACCGAACUUUGCAGUACUGCCCUCACUCAUGGUCAGGGUAACAGCGCCAGUCAUGUCAAAACCGACAAGCACCAUCACCUCGCCUGUUGGUCCCCUAGACCUGCUUCGACUGCCGAACUCGGCAGCUGAUUUGCUAUCCGCCCACGCCUUGAACUGUUCGGCGCAUGGUGUUGCGCUGGAUGCAAUGGUCGGUGGCAACAUCAAUGAUACCACGCAUCUUGCGGAUGGGAACUAUGGCGCCAAUGGAAGCGCCUCCGCUGCGGUUACAAAGGCCGACACCCCUCCCACGUCGCUCAAAACACAGAAGAACGUCAGGUUUUCUCCUGAUGUCAAAUCGGCUACAUUCGAGCUGCAUGAUCCGCCGAGUCCAAUCAAUUCCCUGUCACAGUCGACAACGGACCUGCUCAUCAAGUUGCCGUCAGAACCUUUGGAUACUCCCGUCGUUGCGCUGGACACACCUCAGCCUGAAGAAAUUGCGGACCGCGAGCACCUCCAGCUUAGCGCGCAAGAGGCAUUUUUCCUGGUUUUCGCGAUUGGUGCACUGGCUGUGGUUGAUCCAAAGACGGAGUCAACGCUGUCCACGGUAGAGCUCCUACAUCUGUUUGGUGAUCACUCCUUUUUUCCGCCGAGGACCUCGAGUCUAGACUCCCCUGGCUUUCGGACCGACGACCCCUUCCUGGUCCAUUACGUAGUAUACCACCACUUCCGGUCACUGGGAUGGGUCCCGAGGGAAGGCGUGAAGUUCGGGGUGGACUGGCUGUUAUACCGGCGAGGCCCAGUGUUUGAUCACGCCGAGUUCGGGCUGCUGGUGAUACCGUCAUACUCGAAUCCCGCGUGGACGGGGCUGGAGCGCAAGGCACCGCAGCGGCAGCCGUCCUGGCAUUGGCUGCAUGGUGUUCAGCGUGUUCUAUCGCACGUGCUCAAAAGCAUGGUGCUAGUCUAUGUGGACAUUCCGCCGCCGUCGGCCAUCGGCAGCGUCUCGGAUGUCGAAAGUGGCAUUUCGGGGCUGCUGAAGCAAUACCGGGUGCGCGAGGUCAUGGUCAGGCGCUGGUCAAGCAACCGCAACAGGUGA